CGUUUCCAAGGACAGCUCCAAGGCAAGACAGCCAUCGUUACUGGCGGUUCAAGUGGAAUUGGCCGAGCGGUAUGCAAAGCGUUCGCUUCAGCAGGCGCCUCAGUUGCAUGCAUUGCUCGUCGAGAACCACGACUCAAGACACUUGUCGACGAGAUCAAAGCCGAAGGUGGCAAAGCCAUUCCACUGGCCGUCGACAUUUCCGAAAAGGAUGCUGCCAAGAAAAUCGUCUCCCAGGUCGAAGCCGAACUCGGGCCCGUUGAUAUUCUCGUCAACGUUGCGGGCAUUGCAAGACUCGGGCCCCUAGUCGAUGAGCCGGAGGACCUCGACAUCUGGUGGAAAGUACACGAAGUCAACGUCCGCGCCCCAGCGCUCCUCACACGAGCAGUCCUACCUAGCAUGAUCGAGCGGAAAUCUGGAGCCGUGAUUUCCGUAAGUUCUGUCGUGGCGACUUGGCCUUCACCCAUUCAAACAGCAUACGCGUCAUCCAAAGCGGCGAUCAGCAAGUUCCAUGAAUCUCUGGCCGCCGAGCUGGAAGGUACCGGUGUACUGUCCUUUGCGUUGAACCCAGGGAGUGUAGAGUCAGAACUU